AUGGUUGUUAAAAAAGAUGUUAGUUUCCUAGCUUAUUUGCUUGUUCUAGGACUAAUGUUUCUCCUUUUAAGCGCGACAAUAGACCAUGAUCCAUGUACCAAAGAAUGUGGCAAUUUUAGCUAUGCAAUAUGUCCACGUUCCGAAGGAAAUCCAAGAAAUCCUAUAUGUACCACAUAUUGUGCAGGCUACAAAGGUUACAACUAUUAUAGCUCUAACGGAACUUUCAUUUGUGAAGGAAAAUCUGACCCAAGAAAGCCAAACGAACAUUGUCCCAAGGAAUGUGAUUAUAAAAUUGUUUAUUCAAAAUGUCCCCAUUCAGAAGGACCGACUAUAAUUAAACCCACUGGAUGCACCACAUGUUGCACAAGGUACAAGGGUUGUUACUAUUACGGUAAAGACAGCAAGUUUGUGUGUGAAGGACAGAGUGAUGAACCCAAGGCUUGUACUAAAAAAUGUGACCCUAAAGUUGCUUACAUGACUUGCCCACCUGAAUCAACAAAACUUACUCGAGUUUGUGUCAAUUGUUGUACCGCAAAACCAGGAUGCAAACUCUAUGGUCAUGUUGGAUCUUUAAUUUGUAUCGGAGGUGUUAAAGGUCAUUAAUAGUCCUUAUUAAUAUGUAUGAAAUAAAAGCAUGAUUAUAUACUUAUCAUUGUCAUGCUAAUCGUUGUAAUGUGGGCAUUGGAGCUUUUUCCACCACUUGCGCAAUAAAUUAAUAAAAUCUUUUACUUU